GGGAGAAAUGACAAGAAGAUAUUGGAACAUAAAUUUGGAAGAGAUGAUGGAGGCAGGAGUUCAUUUUGGUCAUGGUACUAGGAAAUGGAAUCCUAAAAUGGCGCCUUAUAUCUCGGCAAAGCGUAAGGGUAUUCAUAUUACAAAUCUUACUAGAACUGCUCGUUUUUUAUCAGAAGCUUGUGAUUUAGUUUUUGACGCAGCAAGUAGGGGAAAACAAUUCUUAAUUGUUGGUACCAAAAAUAAAGCAGCUGAUUCAGUAGAGUGGGCUGCAAUAAGGGCCCGGUGUCAUUAUGUUAAUAAAAAAUGGCUUGGCGGUAUGUUAACGAAUUGGUCCACUACAGAAACAAGACUUCAUAAGUUCAGGGACUUGAGAAUGGAACAAAAAACAGGGAGACUCAACCGUCUCCCGAAAAGAGAUGCAGCUAUGUUGAAAAGACAAUUAUCUCGCUUGCAAACAUAUCUGGGCGGGAUUAAAUAUAUGACAGGGGUACCCGAUAUUGUAAUCAUCGUUGAUCAGCACGAAGAAUAUACGGCCCUGCGAGAGUGUAUUACUUUAGGAAUUCCAACAAUUUGUUUAACCGAUACAAAUUGUGACCCCGAUCUCGCAGAUAUUUCAAUUCCAGCGAAUGAUGACGCCAUAUCCUCAAUCCGAUUAAUUCUUAACAAAUUAGUAUUCGCAAUUUGUGAGGGUCGUUCUAGCUAUAUAAGAAAUCCUUGAUUAAUAAUAACAUAAUAAGAUAAAUAACUUACUUCAGAAAUCCCUUAUGGAAUCGCUUACUAUUUCUGAAUUUCAAAAAAGAGAUAAAAAUAACAGGGGAUAUUAUGUGAUUUAUUAGUAUUCGAAAUCUUAGUUGGUAUUCAAAAUAUCCGAUUCAAAUAGACAAAGAGAUGGUUGAAUCAAAAAAUUUUGUUUCAAGUUCCAUUUUUUCAGAGGGCAAGGCAAUAUGAAUGUUCUAUCAUGUUCCAUCAAUACUCUAAAGGGGUUAUACGAUAUAUCCGGUGUGGAAGUAGGCCAACAUUUCUAUUGGCAAAUAGGGGGUUUCCAAGUACAUGGCCAAGUACUUAUUACUUCUUGGGUUGUAAUUGCUAUCUUAUUAGGUUCAGCCACUAUAGCUGUUCGGAACCCACAAACCAUUCCAACCGGGGGUCAGAAUUUCUUCGAAUAUGUUCUUGAAUUCAUUCGAGAUGUGAGUAAAACUCAAAUUGGAGAAGAAUAUGGGCCCUGGGUUCCUUUUAUUGGCACUAUGUUUUUAUUUAUUUUUGUUUCUAAUUGGUCAGGAGCUCUUUUACCUUGGAAAAUCAUACAAUUACCUCAUGGGGAGUUAGCCGCACCCACGAAUGAUAUAAAUACUACUGUUGCUUUGGCUUUACUCACAUCAGUGGCAUAUUUCUAUGCGGGUCUUACAAAAAAAGGAUUAGGUUAUUUCGGAAAAUAUAUUCAACCAACCCCAAUCCUUUUACCCAUUAACAUCUUAGAAGAUUUCACAAAACCUUUAUCACUUAGUUUUCGACUUUUCGGGAAUAUCUUAGCUGAUGAAUUAGUAGUUGUUGUUCUUGUUUCUUUAGUACCUUUAGUAGUUCCUAUACCUGUCAUGCUCCUUGGAUUAUUUACAAGUGGUAUUCAAGCUCUUAUUUUUGCAACUUUAGCCGCGGCUUAUAUAGGUGAAUCCAUGGAGGGCCAUCAUUGAAAUAUUGAAAUAGUCUUUUUUAGCUUAGCCCAAAGCAAUGUAUAAAUGUAUAUGGUGGGUGGCUCAAGAGAAUUACUUAACUUAGGGAAUAGAAUAGGGGAAUCUAAAUAUACAACUAUGUUAUAUACGAUCUAGAGUGAUAGCAAAAAAAUUACGAUGAUAUUAAAGAGUAAGGGGAAAAAGAUCUAAAAAAAAGAUCUUUUUCCUAAAAUUACCCUUUCCUUCACUUAAUAUCAUACUUCGUCUCAAUGAAUAUUCACUUUAGAUUGCUCAGUCCAUCUCAUUAUUAAUUCAUUGUUAAAACAAUUUGAAUAUAAGAAUUUUUGUCAAUAAUUCUUGUUGUAUAGGUUUACGACGUGUAAUUAAAUAAAAUUCAAUAACAAAAAGGUAACAAAAAGGGCGAAAUGAUUUCCCUUUCAGUUGAUUUUAUUCAACGAUUGCCCAAAAUAUUAAUAAUAAAUAAAUAAUAAAAAUGAAUAAUUUUUUUAUUCAUUUUUAUUAAUUAUUAAUUUUUAUUAAUUAUUAACAAAUUGAAAUUGCAUGAACUUAGAUCAAUCAAAUACUGAUAUUUCUAUAUUCUAUACUCUAUAUUCUAUACAUAGGGAAUUAUUCGGCCUAAUCAAUUUGUCCAUUUAGAUUUAUCUAGGUGGAAUAAUAAGAAAAGGUAAGGUUCAAAAGAAUUUACAAAAAAGGGAUUUUUUUGAGUAUUUUAGAAAGGGUCGGUUAGGAGAGGGAGGUAUCUGUACUUGAAUAACUAUAAGCCAACCCUUCUAGAUGUUUCGACGCUUGAUUCUCGAAUAGGAUUGAAUCUAAGAUGAAUGCUUGGUUUACGUUAUGGAAGAAAGACAUGUAUAUGUGAUAUUAGAUAUUGACUAGUGCUAGUUAUAUAUGAAAUGAACUAAAGAUAUAUUUUACUACUCUAGGGGAUUCUAAUAGACUAGAAGUCCUUCCGGCCCCUUGUGACUGUGAAUUGAAUGAAUAAACGGAUGAAAUCAAGAAAUAAUUCAACUAACAGUUCGAACCAAGAACAAGAAAUGGAAGAACGAAAGUCGUAUGGGUUCACAAAGACUCCGUGGCUAAAAAGUAAAAAAGAUAUAUCGAAGUAGUUCUGAUGA